AGACAGCCAUCGAGUGGAAAGGAAAGAAGUGAUCCUUCGCAAGGGCUACCUUCCGUCGUCUGGCCGGAAGCAUUGGUGUGAAAUUCGUAGACGAGAGGGAGCAGCUUGUCGUGCAUUUUGUGUGAUUUGAAGAAAUAUUUUACGAGAGAAACAUACGAACUGAAAAAUGAAAACCUUCCAAAGUUGCCUGAUGCUUAUCGUCGCCCUGGUGACGCUCGCCAGCGCCUACCCAGCUCAAUCUCAAGACAACAACCCUGCGUCAGUGGAGACGGUUCGGUUGGUUCCGGUCGAGGCUGCCGAUAGCGUACCAGAAACUGAAGUGACCGAUUCGGAGAGCGCCCGUCAGAAGCGACAUCUUGGCUUCGGCGGUGUUGGCAUUGGCGUCGGGGUUGGGUUGGUCGGCGGUGGAUUCGGCGGGUUCGGUGGUUAUCCCGGGUAUGGCUAUGGAGGAUACCCCGGCUACGGAUACGGUGGAUUCGGCCCCGGUUUUGGAUAUGGCGGCUACCGCCGUUACGGCUAUCGAUACGGAGGUUUUGGAUACGGUGGCGGCGGCUACGGCUAUCCGCCGUAUUAUUUCUAAGUUAAAUUAUUAUUUGUAAAGCGAGAAAAACGAGAGAAAAUUGGAUCAAAAAAUAAAUAAAA